AUGGCAGGUAUACCAUCCGUCAAGUUAUGUUUGUCGUUGCUGGACGCGAAAGGGACUCGCACCUGUAAGUGGGAUUACAAUGGCAACGGCUGGGAGUACCAGGUUAUGGCCGGACCCGUCUUCGUCCUCGUUUACACUUUCAUGGGGAUUUUCGUGGGUUGCCUGGCCGACGCUGCGAACAGGAAAGUCCUGCUGUCUGCCAGCCUGAUGCUGUGGAGUCUGAUGACCUGCCUGAUGGGCUUUGUGAGGGAAUACUGGCAGCUGGUGGCACUGCGCUUCGGGCAGGGCGUCGGGGAGGCUGGGUGCACGCCGUUUGCGGUCAGUCUGAUAGCGGAUUACUUCUCCGAGACGGCCAGGGGCUCAGCCAUGGGCUUCUACAACUGGGGGAUCUACAUGGGCUACAGCCUGGCCUUCGUCGUGGGGACCUACGCCACCCGGGCCGACAUCAUGGGCAUGGGCUGGCGCGGGGCCUUCCUGUUGUCCGGGUUACCGGGGUUUGCCGUGGCUCUGCUGGUUCUGGUGUCGGUCCAAGAGCCCCCCAGAAAGCACAGGACUGGUGAAGAGAGCGCCCCACCCGGCCAGAACCUGCUCCAGCGUCUGGGUCCCCAGCUCCGCCCCUUCCUGAGCCCCGCCCUGCUGCUUCUGUGCCUGGCUGGCUCUGUGAGGAACGCAGGGGGCUACGUUUGGGCCUAUAACGUGCAGAACUACUUCAGCCUGUACUUCCCCCGAGUGGAUGUGGGCCGCUGGCUGUCCUGGAUCCCGCUGGUGGGAGGCAGUUUGGGGGUUCUGUUUGGGGGGUUCGUCUCCGACCGGGUGGUGAAGAGGAGGGGCCUCACAGCCAGGGUGUGGGUGCUUGUGAUCAGCCAGGUCCUGGCGUCACCUUUCCUGCUGGGGGCGCUGUGGCUCUCACCUCCAUAUGCAUUCCUCAUGCUGAUUCCAGCUUACAUCAUCGGUGAGAUGUGGGUGGGCGUGGCGCUGGCCAUCGUGGUGGAGCUGGUUCCCUCCUCCAUCCGCACGUCGGCUGUGGCCGUCUACCUCUUCAUCAUCACCAACAUCGGUGGCAGCGCCCCCCUGCUGGUCACCCCGCUCAGCGCACUCUGCGGCCUGCGGGGGGCGCUCAUCCUGCUCUACCCCGGGGCGUACCUCACCGGGUCCAUUCUGUUCCUGGCGAUUCUGUGUGUCAUUCGAAGAGGGCGGCCCAAACCUGACAGUGAAGACUUAGAACCCCUCCUGCAGGAACCAGACCCGGGACCAGAGGACAAGAAGAGCACAUGAAGUCUGCAGUUACACAAUGUGCAAAAUCGUUCCCUUAAGCUGCGCACUUAUCUCCAUG